AUGGCAUCACAUGUUGCUACUCUACAAUUAAAAAUUUGUGGUCUCAACGGCAGGUUUUUUGACAAAUCGCUUCUGAUGGAUGUUAUCUUUGAGAAAUGGUCUUUGCAAACAAAAAUUAUCACAGAUGUCUGCAAACCUAUUUUAAUAUUAAGAACUCGUUUAAUACAGGUAAUAAGCUUACAUUUGCGGCUGUAUCUCGGUGUACUAGCACUGAGCUUCACAGAUUGUAUCCUUUUCACGCAAUUUUGUAGCAUAACAAAUCUACAUGCAGCAUUUUACAGGGUUCGCUUCACAGAUAAGCUUUUUAGGAGUGGUCAAACAAACCUUAUGACUGCAGGAUAA